AUUUUAUAGUGAUUUUCUACAUUUCUAUAACUUUUCAUUAGCAUUUAUCCGAUUAGCUAAGAAGUGUUUUGAACUUUUUUUUGAAAAUAUACCAUCUGCUGUUAAAUAUGAAUCCUAACGGACAAAAUGAAAGUAACUUCACCAACAUAGCGUGGCAACCACCACUUGGAUUUACAUACAAUCGCGAAUUAGAAAAUAUGAAUGAAAUCGAUGAGAAUUUGAGUAAUUUUCAUUCCAAUGUUUCGGAACUACGUCGAAGCUCUCGAGAGAGCCUUGAUAAUUACAAACAAAAACUUACUUAUUGUACCGAUCAAAUUGUUGCACUUCUGGAAAUCGAGUGGUCAAAAAAUGACAAACUUGAUAAAAAUCCCACUAUUCUUGGUUAUUUUUCGACCUGGUUCAGCAUGUUGAUUGAAAUAAUUUCUAAUUUUUAUUUAAUGUUUCAAAGGAGUAACAAUUACUUGGAAGAUGAAUUUGAAAAAAUGGUUACAAAAAAUUUCGUUAUAUUAAAACCAUUAGGAGUUCUUUUAAAAAAUGAGGCUAAUUUCACGUUAGUUUUGAAAGCAUUGCAACCCAUACCCGUUAUAGUAAAAAAUGUUGAAAUAAUUUCAGUUGAAAAUAAAAAAUCUGCCCCUAUCAAAAUUAAAAAACAACAAACACACCAGGGAGACCUCCUAACUUUGACUUGCCAUUGGCCAAAAGGUCCUAUGGACAAAGUGUUAAAUAAAAAGUUUACUCUUAGAGUUAAAUUACAAUUCGAAGGGCAAGUGUAUUCCGAAAUGACUUUGCCAAACGUGGAGUUCUACGUGGAGUCCAUUCAAAUGUGUGGUUAUUCUCAUGUAAAGCAAGAAUAUAAAGCCUGGGGCAAUGUCAUAUGGAACGAUGCUCUUCAACGUUCUAUAGAACCACCCGUUCCACAGAAUGUUCCACAGAAUGGUCAACAGAAUUUUGAAUCGAAUGUUCGUUGGGAGUAUUUAAAGGAAUCUAUAAACUCCUUAUGUUUUUUAAUCACUGACAAAAGGUUGAGCGACGAAGACCUGAAUUAUAUAUACGACAAUUCGUUCGCAACAAAUUUAUUGAAUCCAGAAAGCAGAACGCUCAACACACGAAAUUCGGGGGAAAUAGACAAAAAGUCAUUUGAAACUAAAUUCGAGUGGAUCUUUGAGGCUUUGAAAACAUUAAGAGAUUAUCUCCGUGAACCAUGGAAAGCAGGUCACAUAAGUUUCAUCACAUUUCCUAGAGCUAUACAAUUACUUACGAGUUAUCUUGAACAUAUACAACGUUUGCGUUAUUAUGUAAUCAAUGCUGAAGAAUGGGUAAAUAUAUUUCUAUUAAUGAUCCCCAAUAUUCCCAACUUGUUAGGAUCCAUACAGGUUAUACAGUUGCAAAUAUGGCGCGAUGGGGAACGAUUCGUUCACCAUUUGAUUCCCCAAGAAAACUUCAAACAUCCAAAGAGACCAAAAUUACCUUUUUCUAUUAGUGACCUUAUUUGUCGUCAAUGUGAUGUGAACUUUGGACAAACAUUUGGCUAUCUUUAUAUGUCUAAUGAACACGUUAUUGAUAUGAAAGUUGCAUUCCCAUUUACAAUUCAAAGCGUAAGACUUUAUAGAGACCUUAAAGUGGCACCGAAAAUACUAUCGAGUUUGGUCAGGUCAAUUCUCAUCGAUCCUAACGAGAUGAUAAUUGGAGAUUGUGCUCCUUAUAACAAUGAUGAGGAGAAUAACGAUAACUGGUGGUCUUGGCUUAAUAAUAUACUAACACAAAGGUUUUACCUGGGGAUUUUUCUAGUGCUAUUGUUUAUGAUAGUUUGUGCAUAUUGUAAUAUAGUCGUCUAUACAAGCAUAUUUACACUACAACUGUACAAAAAUGGAAACUAAACUAUAUAGUCGGCUUAUUAAAGUAUACUCAAAAAGCAAUAAAUAAUAAUAAUUUAUAUGGUUAAAUAACAUAUUCACAUUCGAUCUUA